AUGUCAACUGAUAGAAGAGUCUCUCCCCAGCUCAUUGCGCCUCUGACGGACCAAUCUGUUACCGAAGGAUACCCUGUCAACUUUAGCUGCGUCGCCUCAGGUGUUCCAACACCAACAUUUGUCUGGGAUUUUAAUAAUGGUGACCUGCCAUCUGGUAUCCAUCAGACUGAUCAAGAAGGAGAGUCAGUGCUGGAAUUGCCACGUGUCACAAAAGAGAUGGAAGGGACUUACAAUUGUACAGCAAAAAACAAAGAAAAUACAACUAGUUCCUCUGCAGCGCUGCGUGUUUAUGGAAAAGCCUCUGCUCAAGUUGUUCCAGAAACACAUCCAACACUCACAUUAGGAAAAGUCCUCACACUGACCUGUAAAUUCAACGAGGAAACCGUAAACAUAACAUGGAAAAAGGAUGGAGAAUCAUUACAAGAGCGAGCUGUCAUAGAUACCCGGUUAGAUGAGGGAAAGAGUAAACUUGUUAUUACUGAGGUUGUGGAAGAGGACAGUGGUGAAUACUCUUGUGAAGCAAGUAACAAGGCAGGAACUGUAGAUCGCUAUUCUGUAACAUUGGACGUAAAAGCAGCCCCAGCAGCUCUUUCCAGCAGUUCACUGGAGUGGUACUACAUUGGCGGACCUGUGGCUGCUGUCAUUUUCCUGCUGGCUCUCAAUGCAUACAUCAAAAAACGCCGUGCGACAGGUAAAAGGAACUUUAAGGAGGUGCCAUAG